AUGGACGAUGACAACGCGCCUUUACCGCGGACUCCAGACUGCAUCAACGGGCCGCGCGUGUCGCCUAAACAGGACAGUCAGGACGAUCAAGGUUUGCAGAGGCAACUCCGAAACGCCACUGGUCAGGCACGUGGGGAUGUGCCAGAUCGGGUGCAGGACCGCGGCCGGCAUGAGGCCACGCUUGAUGGAGACAGACUAGAUGGAGCCAGAUUAAAUCCUCACGAUUAUACAGAGCUGGGAAGUGAGCGAGACGCAUUUGUAGACGACUUUGUAGACGAGUUUGGAACUGGAACGAAAAGAGCUGGCGACGCGGGUCCGGAAGAGGCGACCCCGGGCGACGAGGAUGAGAAUCCGGGUGCUGAGGGUUCGGAUCUGGAUGACGAGGAUCAGGUUCGUGAUGACCAGCACCGGGAUGGCGGGCAGACCCCCGACGAGCAGGACUCGGACGCUAGCGGGUCGUCGGGGGGUCGAGUCCCGGCAGAGGGUUUGGACUCGGACGGCGACGCGUCGGACUACUCCAUCGGCCAAGGGGUGGGCGCGGCGGGUUCUCACGAUGAGGAGGUGCCGGGUUUGAGGCAGCGGCGGCCGGCGAGGAAUGUGUGUGGCAGGAAUGUGUGUGGCGCGCAGGGGGGGUUGGGGUUGCCGGGAGUGGGGUUGCCCGGGGCGGGAACGGAGCGUUGGUGGUUGAAUUUGUUGCGGUUGUGUUUGGAGAGUUUGGUUGAGUACGUGCGGUCGUUGAUUUUCUCAGCACCGGGUCGUGACCUGGUGCGAGAAUUGAGCGUGGCGUUUGAGAGUGGGCUGGAGCUGGCGGGUUCGAUGACAGCGGCGCGGGAGCGCGAUUUGCCAGUGUUGGUCGUGUUGGUGCACGGUUCACGGGCGGGUUCGGCUGUCGCACACGUGUGUGCGUUGGCAGAGACGUUGAGGCCGCGUUUCCUGGUGCACGUUGCGCAGUCACCGAUGGCGGACCUGACGGCGGACGUGGACCUGCGUCCGGCGACGACUGGUGGCGAGCUGCUGUCCUUCGUCGGCCUGUUGCCUUACGAGUUUGACGUUUCUAGUCUGCACUUGGGCGGCGGCGGUAACAUGACGCACUCCGGCACGAGUAAUACCAUGGGCGGUGGUAACAUGGUGCAGAGCCGCGGAGGACGAAGACGGUACACGACCGCCGCCAAUCGUCUACCGCUGGACGCCGAGACGCAGCAAGAAUUGUUUGUGAAGAUUCUACAGCACUCUUUUACGCCAGAAAUCCGCACACCGCACAAUCUAGACCCUACCCUCCUGCCCCGUCACGCCAUCCUGCGAGGCUUCCUCCUUGCCCUGACCACCAACACCCCCCUAGACAAUCUGCGCACCGAUCUCAGCCGCCUCGCCGUCUACCUCAACAACCUUAUGGAACCUGUGCGGCAGGAACUCCGCACACACGCCGAUACAAUCCAACAAAAUAGACUUCUAAGGGAACAACAACAGAGAGAAUAUCGUCAAGCUCUACAAGCCGAUAGAGAGCGGCGGCGACAGCAGCAGGAGUUGGAGGAAAAACAGAAGGAGAAGGAGCUCGAGAAGGCACGGCAGGUGGAACUGGAGAAGGUGGCUGAAGAGCGACGUCGGGCUACGGCGGCGCAACUGGUCCGGAACGCUGAGGCAGGGGCUUUAGUGCAACGAUGGCGGAAGGGCGAGGAGUUUGUGGAGUUGGCUAUUCGUGUGCGAGGUCUGGGUAGACUGUUGUGCAUGUGCGAUAAACAUACGGGUCUGGCCAAUCUGGAGGCGGCACUCAGGCUAUUGGACCACUUGAUCACACUCAGUAGGGAAGAGGUGGCUGAAAAUCCACUGUUGAUUGUUGGAACCAGAGUUACAGACCAUGACGAAAUCGCUCAUGACGAAAUCGCUCAUGACGAAAUCGCUCAUGACGAAAUCGCUCAUGACAAUGUCGACGCCGACCCGAGUCUGAGGUCCCUGGCCGCGGUCGUGGUUGAGGGAGGCUUCCCAUGGCAGCGAUCCGCAGCAGGACACUGUCUGCAUUUGGAGUCGUAUGGAAUUGUUGCACCUCUGCCCGACCAACCCUUGCAACGCAGCCAGACACUAGAUCAGAAUGGAAUCACUACCAAAUCCACCAUGCUGUGGGGACCCAAGGCCGAUGGUUGUGGGACUGAACAAAUAUAA